AUGGCAAUGGAUGCGGCGCUCCUGGACGAGCGGCUGACUCCUGCCAAGGUCGACGUCACGUUCAGCCGCGUUUGCGGAAGUUCCCCGCACAUGUUACUCACGCAGUUUCGUGAUGCGAUGGUCCGGCUAGCUGCCAUCAAGUACCCAUCUCUGCCGAGAACGGAGGCGGUGAUGCAGCUUUACCAGAAGCACUUGGCCACUUUUCAGGGCACGACCAAAGGAGUCGUGGCCGAGCUGGACCAAGCUAUGCUCAGCCUACUUGGGGCAGCGAGGCGACGAGCUCUGCCGGUAUCAGUGUGGGACGCGAUGCAAGGGCUCAGCAUGGACCAAUGGACAACCUACAAGCCGAUUUGGCCCCCUGGCCCCCCUCGCAAGUGUCAGAAAGAGUUAGAGGAUUUAGAGGUUUGUAGACACUGCCAGACCGGCCUCCUGCACGCUGCCAUGGCUGCAAUCGACGCACAGCGAACGGGCUUGAAGUUCGUGGAUCCCGAAGCAUUCGUGGAGCAGGAGUUGUGGUGGGACCUGGCGAAGACCUUCGUCGCUCCGAUUCCGAGCACAGUGGCAGAGCUCGAGCCGAUAAAGCAGCGAAUGCGUACCGAUCGCAGCUAUGCGCUAUCGAUUCUGCAGGAUGUUGCGAAGUGCAGCUACAGCUGGCAGAUGACGCAGUACUUGAGCCAGGAGAGUUUUCUCGUGUGUCACCGGAUGUUUUUGUGCGAUCGGACAGCGGCAGCGUGGUUGAGCACUGAAACGGUGAUGGGUGUUGCAGUCGAUUUCAUUUUGGUGCAAGAAGUUGCCAGGACACCUGAGAGAGCAAAGGGAUCCAGGCUGGAAGUGCCUGAAAUUCGCUUCACAGCUGCUGGUGACGCUGUUUCCCUUUGCAUGAACCAAGCCGAGCCAGCGAAGCCGUCGGUCCGCAACGAUGCGAGUGUGUGUCACGAGGCUGUCUCGAGAAACGUUGCCGCCCUGGAGUUCAUUGCGGGCCGUUUUCGUCAGGAUGGUAGAAUCCUCUCCAUGUGGCUCUCCAUCGCGCUGCAGAAGGCGAAUCAGAAGCUCGAGACUCGAAACGAGCCGCUGGGCGACAUCUUGGCUGAAAGCAUUCGAAGUUGUGGUGGCUUCUUCAUUUUCUUGGACGGCUUGGCCUCAGAUUACAACGUGCGGGCGCAGGAGACUGAGAAUGCCAACAUGGACCGCGUGGUUCCCAUUGCAGCGUUGUGCGUCCAAUGUGGAAGCAGGUGCAUUUUGGUCUCCAUGGGGUUCUACGUUCCUGCCAGCAGAACGGCCUUUGCAGAGAUCAAAUACCCGGGCGUCAAGGUCAAGCAUGGGGAGUCACCCUACGAUGCUGCUGCAAGGCUUUGCAAGAGCAGGCUCACGCCGCUCUCAGACUUCAUCCAGGUGGAAGCAACAUCUUUCGAGGCGAAGGAAGAGGAGGACAUCUCAAAACGCACCGGGCUGCCGUCCCGGUAUUUGAGAAGCAUCUUCCGAGGGCACAUGAGCCCUCUUGUACCCUGGGGCGAUCACAUGCAGUUCAUUCCCAGCCGGUCAUCGAGCACCAUGAGGCUUACAUCUAAGCAGAGCAGUCUGGCACGCCGCUUCCUUCGAGCUCACCCCUUGUCGCCGGCACUUUGUCCAGACCUCUUUGCGUUGAAGCAGGACCUCGAAAGCCCGGAGAUCACGCUGUACGCCUGGAUGCCAGCGUGGGAGUUCGAGUACCUGCGAUACACCGCGCAGGGCGAGGCUUUGGUGGACUACUGGGUCCAACAUGGUGAUUACUCUGUGUUGCACACAGACGGAAGUGCUCAGCGCUGCUUCACGCCAGUUGCUUGUCUAUUAGGAAGUCCUUGUGUAAGCGAUCACCAGAACCCGAGGACGAGGGCUUGA